CUCCUCCGGGAUGCUCGCUCGCUCGCAGGGUAGGGUUCGGCGAAACGGAGCUCGUCAGGUCGUCUCGUCAAUUCCUCUUUUGGUCUUGUUCCAUCAGUGCUCUUUAUUGAAGGAAUCUCAAAAGAUGAUGGAUGCUGGAAAUGUGAGCUUUGGAGCUGUCAAUAGGGCUAUAGAGGAGUGGGAGGAAUCUAUUUGGAGUUUUAGGUACUUUGAGAGGUUCUGGCAUUCACAAAGGAGAACUAAAGUGGAUGGUUUAUCCAACAUAUAAUUUCAAUUGAUUAUAGCUGUGGAGCCUUUUGGAGUGCUUGGGCAAUGGAGCUUGGGGAGCACCAUUCGCAUCAAGAGUUGCUUUAUUGGUUUGCCUCACAGUUUGGACUUUUUUUCUCAACUUUAAUAUCAACAUGGGUCCUUGUCGCUCUGAAGAAUCAACAUUACCAUGGAAGCAAGAAACUAAAAAACAUGGAUUUGAUGUUUGGCUUGUUGCGUCUGAACCUUCUCUUUUACAGGGUUUACAUCUAUAGUGCUGAUCAUGAGUGCUCGGUUGAGUCGUACCAUUUAUGUGGGCAACCUUCCUAUAGACAUACGAGAAUCAGAAGUUGAAGAUUUAUUUUACAAGUAUGGCCAUGUAGUGGAAAUUCAAUUGAAGAAUCCACCUCGCCCUCCUGGUUAUUGUUUUGUCGAGUUUGAAAGUUCACGAGAUGCUGAAGAUGCAGUCAGGGGUCGCGAUGGCUACAACUUUGAUGGGCACCGUCUUAGGGUUGAGCUAGCCCAUGGUGGCAGAGGACAGUCAGUUUCGGUUGGACGAGGUGGUCGCCAUGGGAGUGGAGGCAGCAAAUUUGGAGUUUCACACCGUUCUGAAUUUCGAGUAAUUGUGAAGGGACUUCCUUCUUCAGCUUCAUGGCAGGAUCUGAAGGAUCAUAUGAGGAAGGCUGGAGAUGUAUGUUUUGCGCAAGUUUUCCGUGAUGGUGAUGGUGCGAUGGGUUUGGUUGAUUAUACUAAUUAUGAAGACAUGAAAUAUGCAAUAAGGAAACUUGAUGACACUGAGUUUAGAAAUCCCUUUUCGAGGUCCUAUAUUCGGGUAAAAAGCUACGAGAGAAGUAUGUCAAAGAGUCGAAGCCAAAGCCGAAGCCGCAGCAGAAGCAGAGGCCCUAGACGGAGUCGGAGCAAAUCAAUUGAACGGCCUCUAUCACGAUCAGUAUCCAAGUCUGCAUCUCCAAGACCCAGAUCUGUGUCUCCAGCCAGAAUGUCGAGAUCAAGGUCUAGAUCAAAGUCAGGCUGACUAUGCCAGGUUUCACGACUACUCCGUAGAGUCUCCAGUUGCGGGUCUGAAAUCUUCAUCCGUUUAAUGCUCUCCAACUUACUGCGUUGCUUCACUCUAUGCAUGAAGUUUAGUUUGAGGUAUUACUGUUUUGAAUUCUAUGUAUAAGAGCUUGCGCACAAGGAUGGCUGAAUCACUUCUUUGUGUUUGUUUUCCCUUUAAAAUGGUGGAUCAAACUUUGUCGAC